AUGGCACCAAAAGUACUUGUUCAUGGAUCCGGAGCUGUUGGAUCGAUUUAUAUCUACCUCCUGGACAAAGCUGGCUGCGACGUCACGGCCGUAUGCCGAUCAAAUCACGAUGUCGUCAAAACCGAUGGCUUCACGAUAGAAUCAGAUUUGUAUGGCAAAGGUUUGCACGUCCAUCCCAAUGUAGCAAGAACGCCUGACGAGGCAGUCCAAUUUGGCCCGUUCGACUAUGUGCUCGUGACAACAAAAGCACUGCCGUUGGCCAAGACACCUCAGACUAUCGCACCCGCAAUCACUACAAAGCACACCAGCAUCGUGCUAAUCCAGAACGGCAUUGCCAUUGAGGAGUCAUACGCUAAGUCGUUUCCCAACAACACCAUCAUCAGCACAGUCGUCUACCUGCCUACAACACAAACUAAGCCUGGCAAGAUCCUGAUGGGAAAUGUGGAGCUGCUCGAAGUUGGCACCUUUCCUGCUUCGGCGUACCAAAAUGAAGACGGCUUGGCAAAGAUCGCAACUGACAACCUUGCUGCAAUUCUCAAGAAAGGCGGGAGCAAUGUCCGUUUCUACGACGACAUCCAGGAACGACGCUGGAACAAGCUCCUCAUUAAUGCUUCUUGGAACCCAAUCUGUGCCUUGACAUUGUCCCGGGAUGUAGCCUAUCUGGCCUCCUCGACAGCAGCAGAGCCACUUGUCAGUGCCGUGAUGGCUGAAGUUGUGGCUAUUGCUCAGGCACUAGGGUACUCCAAAAUGGACCCAUCCUUUAUCAAGGAGCAAAUGAAGAAAGCAAUGGAUCGCAGAGGUGGUAAGGGCAUUGAGCCAAGCAUGCUGGUCGACGUGCUCUCGCGGAGGCGCAUGGAGGUCGAAGUCAUCCUGGGAAACCCAAUAAAGAUAGCUCAACGCCUGGGUGUACCUGUACCACGAUUGGAGACGCUUUAUGCUCUGAGUGCCGCGCUUGAUGAAAGUAUUGCAUACCGGCAGCCAGGGAAGAGUCUCGGGGGAGAUGAGACUAAGCAAUCGCACAGUGCCAAGUCGUAUAUUUGA